GAAAUAAGCUGAUAAUGUAAUUAAAAUUGAAAUCAGUUAACUGCAAAGCAGCUGCUGGGAGGGUCUCUUUCUUCUAUUCCUCACUGUCCUCCAUUAUGAGACUAAACCGCUUGCUUUUGAUAGUCUUUGGGUCUUUAUUAGUGUCCAUUGCUGGAGCAGACAGAUCAGAUCCACUCCUCACUCGGCUGAGCUAUUAUGAGCCGUUGAGCUAUUCUACUCAUCACUUGAAGACUGGGCACCUUAUGAUAAAGAGGAGAAGUGUACCUGAUGAUAAUAAACUACACUUUACAAUCACUGCAUACAACAGUACAUUCAAUCUUCUUCUCUGGCCCAGUUCUGAUGUAUUCUCUCCUAAUGUUGAGUUUAAUGUUCAUCAGGAAAAUGGCGACAUAAAACCAUCCAAUUAUGAUCCAAGCACAUUUUAUAAAGGAAUCAUAAAAGGUCAGCCCCUCUCAAGUGUCCAUGGUCAUAUUCAUGAUGGGGUCUUUGAUGGUGAGGUAAGGACAGCCGCUGGUACUACCUAUCACAUUGAACACAUCAUGAAGUAUCCUGGAGUCACUCAGCAUGUACCAGCUGGUACUCACUCGCUGAUCUAUUCUGAUGAACACAUGAUUGUACCUAAGUCAACCUGUGCUUUGAAGAAGGUCCUCUUUGAUAAACUUCAGUCUAUUCAAGCAACAGGAGAGCCAAUACAUAAGAAACCACGCCCACUAACUGACGAUGAAUAUUAUGAAAAUGAACGAGUGAAGAGAAACUCAAAGAAGGUGAAUACGGCGAGUGGAGGAAGGUUCUGUCAGAUAUUUGUGGCAGUGGAUCAUUUGUUCUUACAACAUGUGGUGGGAGGCUCAGAAACAAUGGCUAUAUCAGAAGUGACUACAAUAUUCUCAAGUUCUCAGAAUAUAUUUCAAACUACAGACUUUGAUUCAAAUGGACAGUUUGAUGGCAUUACCCCUCAACUGGUCCGUACUGAUAUUCUCAAUCGUGAUUCUUACAAUGGGAAGUUCAGGAGUGAUAACAUUGAUGUUAAUAGAUACCUCAACCUUUGGUCCGAGAUUGACCAUUCUACCUACUGUCUGGCGCUAUUAGUGACCUACCGUGAUUUCAGUGAUGGUGUAUUAGGUUUGGCAUGGGUAGCUCAGCCCCCCGGGGGUUCUUCAGGGGGUAUUUGUGAGGGACGGGUCCGACUCUCAAUUGGAGAGAGAUCAUUAAACACUGCCAUAGCUUCUUACCUCAACUACGGUGCUAGGCAACCAAGGGGUGUGGUCACUAUCACUGUGGCUCAUGAGUUUGGACACAACUUUGGAUCACCCCAUGAUCCAGAGUCCAGUCAGUGUUCUCCUGGUGGUUCAGGAGGUAAUUACAUCAUGUAUCCUAGAGCUACUGACGGGAGACAGGACAAUAAUGACCGAUUCUCUCCUUGUUCAAUAAACUCAAUAUACGCUGUACUGACCACCAAAUCAACAUGUUUCACUAAUGAUGGUGCAUUUUGUGGUAAUGCUAUACGUGAGCUAGGGGAGAGGUGUGAUUGUGGUAUUGGAGAUCAAACUGAUUGCAAUAGAGUGGACCCGUGCUGUACUGCUGGUGAAUGCACACUCAAUCCUAAUGCAGAAUGCAGUGCAACUGAUGGUUGUUGUGUCAGUUGUCAGAAUGCCACUGCUGGGUAUGUGUGCAGUGAAGAGACGGAGUGUGCUGCUGAGUCAUUGUGUACUGGUAACUCAUCAACCUGCCCCGAACCAUACUACAGGAACAUUCCUUGUAAUGGAGGGACCAGGUUCUGUGAGGAGGGACAGUGUACAGGGUCAGUAUGUAGGACCAUAGGCCUAGUGGAGUGCCAGUGCACUGAUUCUGAUAAAUUGUGUCAAGUUUGUUGCAUCACUAAUGACACUGACACCUGCACAUCAACCUUUGAACUAUCAUCUGCUGGAGUCCUCAGUGUCCCUGGCCAGUACAGGGACAGUGGUAGGUCUUGUAAUCAGUUUCGAGGAUACUGCAGUGACAGCAACCCACCAACGUGUAUUGGGGUGGAUAAUGAACGGACACUGAAUGAUCUACUGGAUAUAUUCACCCUUGAGACACUCAACAAUGUAAUAAACUGGCUCAAGUCCUACUGGUGGAUACCAAUAAUAGUCAUUAUUGUCAUCAUCAUCAUCAUUGUGCUCCUUCAUGUCACCUACCGGAAGAGGAAGCCUCUUAAGAAAGCUGCAAGGAGAGCUAGUUCUACUGUUAGGAGAAUGAGUCAGUCUGGAGGUGAAGAGAGACCAGCCAGAAGAGGAGGAGGAGGAGAGAGAGGAGGGGGAGAGAGAGGAGGGGGAGGGGGAGCAGGAGAAAGAGGGAGAGGCAGACAACCAGGGACUGAAAUGAGAGAGAUAUUACAGAGAUUAAAGAAGUUCUUUCCAAGAGGUGAUGUUGAUCUUAUAGUUCAAGUCCUUCGAGCUGAGAGAACUGAAGUGAAAGCUGUUGAGAAACUACUGACUCUAGGCUAUAAGAUGAAGAAAGUUCCCAUGCCUCGUUAAUUAACAAUAAUUAAUUAGUAAUACAUGAAUAAUUAAUUAGUUUAUAUCUUUGUUCACUCGUGUCUGCCGUUCCAUUGUAAUAUUUUUAAUUAAUUUUAAUUAAAUUGUUAUUGGUCAAAA